GUCCCCCCCCCCAGCUUUGAAAUGCAUUAUUUUUACACUAACAAAGCAAAAUCUGCUUUUUGAAAGCCGUGUCGUUGGGUACGAUUGGACACUGUUACUCAUGGGCAGCUUCUUUUGGUUUGCAUUGGGAAGAGGAGAAACUUGAUCAUCAAGUUUACAAUGGGUGUGUGUGUGUAUGCAUUCAUAAUACUGCAUCCUGGUGAAAGACCUGACACAUUUUCUUUUUUGCACAUCAAAUGCUUGUCCCACAAGAAAUGGUUGUGGGAAAUAUCAGGGAGCAUGUUCACAGAUGAGAUGACACCAAAGCUCUGCUGUACCUGUAAUAUUUUUCAUUGAGUACAUCAAGUACAUUUAAAAGGACUUUUUUUUUUUAGGGCAGAAAAAAAAAGAUCACUGUCUGUUUUGUCGCAGAUAUGAGAUAUAGAGCUGUUUUGCACCUUGUUACUGUAACUGUUGUCUUCCUUGUCGCAUGGAAAAUUUUUGUGAAUUCAUUUGAUGACUUGGCAGCAGCAAGAAGCAUUUUUGAGGUUCAGCAUUUCAACCCUGAAAUCAGAGAAGCUGCGACUAAAUCUGCGCCGAAGUGCAGCCUCUCCAGAGACUGUCCACCCGACCACUUUGCUUUGCACAUCAGGAGCGGGGCGGCUGACAUUGUUGGCCCAAAAAUAUGUUUCGAGGGCAAAAUCGUCAUGAGUCACUUAAUAAACAAUGUGGGACCGGGAUUAAACAUGGUGGUGGUGAAUGGUGAAAACGGAGUUGUAGAAAAACACGGAUAUUUCAAUAUGAGUGAUGAAAACCCAGAAGACAUCUUGGCAUACUUGAAGGAGAUAAAACCUGGAAUGAUUAUAUUGGUGGCCUCGUUUGAUGAUGUGGCAUCAAAGCUGACAGAUGAAAUGAAGGAGAUAUUUGUUGGAAUGGGAAGCACUUUGAUCACUUCUGUGAAGCCUAGAGACAACUGGGUGUUUGCUGGAAGAGCAGGGACAAAAAACAAAAGCCCCUUUGAGAAGCACGCUGUUAAUGAUGAGGAAACCAAUGUUUUUGAGGGAUGGCCACACAUGGUGGAGGUGGGAGGCUGUUUCCCAAGAACCCUGAACAUCUGAUGGUGUACUGCUAAACGUGAUGGAGGUUUCUUCUUCAAAAUCAAACUGUUCUUCAAACUGUUAAAGGUUUCCCUGUUACAUGUCACUGUCUGUAAAACUGCUCUUACCAGGUCUGGCACUGCCGUGUUGCAUGU